CUGGAUGAGCCUCUGCCUCGCAGCCGCUCUUCUGCGCAUGAGUCGCUGCGGGAGGCUCCGCGGCUGGAGUAUUUGAGGGGCUGGGCAGCGGGGGAAGAUGCUCAGUGCCUGCGGAGGCCGAGUGCACGGCGGAGCGGAGCCGCGGCGGGGCAUGGAGGGGGCUCCGGCGCGGGGGGGCCCGCGGACCGCGGCCUGAAGCCCCUGGCUGUGCGGCCGUCGGGGCAUCGCCGCUCCAGCACCGCGGACAGCGCACGGCGAGCGUCGCGGUGCCGGAUCCCGCCUCGGCUCCCGCCCCGCUCCCCACGGCCCCAGCUCCCCGGGGUCCGGCCCCCGGGCGCCCCGGACCCCCUAAGAAUCGCUCCUGCUCCGAUUCUCGGGUACCUCCACCUUCCAUCUACCUCCCGAUCCAGCCACUGCGCACCCCGGCGCCCUUCUACCCUCGGCUUCCGCCCCGCUCCUCCCGGCCCCUGCUCCCCCGCUGCCUGACUCUGCUGUCAGAGAAUCCCGCUCCCCCUGGGGUCCUCUUCCCUCUGCCCCGCUCCCCUCGCCCCUCUCUCUGCACCUUGGACCCCGCUGCCCGCUCCCUGCUCCUCUCCCUGCGCCCCGCGGCCCCCGGCGCUGCCCCCCGGCCCCUGCCCCGCCGCCGGCACCAUGCGCGGGCGGCCGCGUUGGGCGGCAGGCGAGGCUGCGGUGCCGGCGCGGGUGCCCCCUUCCUCCUGCCCUCGCCCACUCCAGAGGACCCGCUGAGAGAUGGACUUGGCAGGCGUGCUGCUGGCGCUGCUCCUCGUGCUGGUGCUGGUUGUCUCUCUGCUCUCCAACCUCCUGGUGCUGCUAUGCUUCGUCUACAGUACAGAGAUCCGCAAGCAGGUCGCCGGGGUUUUCCUGGUGAACUUAUCCUUCUGCAACCUGCUCCUCACCGUCCUGAACAUGCCUUUUACGCUGCUGGGCAUCCUGAGGAACCAGCAACCCCUCGGGGGCUGUAUCUGCAAAGCGGUGGGUUUCCUGGAAACUUUCCUGACUUCCAACACGAUGCUGAGCAUGGCAGCACUCAGCAUCGACAAAUGGAUUGCCGUGGUGUUCCCCUUAAGCUACACCAGCAAGAUGCGGUAUAAAGACGCUGUGAUACUGAUGGGCUACUCGUGGCUCCACUCCCUCACGUUCCCCUUGGUAUCCUUGUUUUACUCAUGGGUAGAUUACAACAGCGUUUAUGCCUCUUGCACCCUACACCUGAAGGAAGAGUCGGAGCGAAGAAGGUUUACGGUGUUCACCAUUGUCUUUCACUCCACCAGUUUCAUGCUGUCUCUGGUGAUUUUGUGCUUCACCUAUUUAAAGGUGUUAAAAGUUGCCCGGUUCCACUGCAAGCGGAUAGACAUUAUUACCAUGCAGACUCUGGUUUUGCUGGUGGAUAUCCACCCCAGUGUGAAGCAGCGCUGUCUGAACGAGCAGAAACGGAGGAGGCAGCGAGCUACCAAGAAAAUCAGUAUUUUUAUAGGGUCGUUCGUGAUCUGUUUUGGUCCUUACAUUAUCACCAGGUUGAUAGAGCUCCUUCCUUUUGUUACCAUAAAUUACUACUGGGGAAUUAUAAGCAAGUGCCUCACCUACAGUAAGGCUGCAUCAGAUCCAUUUGUUUACUCACUUUUGCGUCAACAGUACAAAAAAGUUUUGAUCAACAUCGUCAACAGGAUACUUAAGAGGGACCUGUAUCCUUCAUCGGGGUACAACAGUUCUCUCGACACUGAAAACGAUUACUGCUUGCACAGAACAAACUAACAACAUGAAAGCAUUCCCCUUCGAGUGAGACAGGUGUUUGCUGCUGCUGGAAAGCUGCCUUUUCCCUCUCAUGCUGACAGUGCUGACAGUGUCUCCAGGGUGUGAAAGCUGCAUAAUGUGAUACAUUUCAUCGUGGACUUUCAUGAAAGGCUCUUCCCUGGUCUGCAGCCAAGCACAAUACACGGCAAAGCCUUGUCCCUGGUUGAAUGGAGUUGGCUGGAGGGGUCUUAAGAGAGCAUUUCAAGGCUUUAGAGAAGCUUAGAGAGCUUUUAAUGUUUCAUAUCUGAAGACUUGGUAUGUCUUGGAGCGUUCCACAUCAGACGAGAUAUUCCAGUGUUUCUGGGACGACAGGAAUCCCCAGAUUGGAAGGAGAGGUUCAGAGUCUUCUGUGCUGCACAUAUAACUUGGCAAUCCAGGAUCUGCUCUGUUGGUUUUAAACAUUAAAAAUGAGUCUUUUAAUUGAUUGAUUUAUUGUAUUGGUGCCUCAAGUGAGUCAGCACUUUGAAUCUGAGAUUGUUGUUAUUAUUAUUUAUUACUAGGCAUCAUGAUUGUAACAUAGCCUUUAGGAAGUGGUACAUAUAUUUGAUAUUCCAGUAUUCUAUCAAGCAUAACCAAAGUCCACAUAUCUGAGUUACUAAUAUUUAGCACUUCAGUGGUAUGUGAUUACAAUAACUGCAGCAACAAUAAUGAUGACAUAUAUGGAAUUUAGUUAAAUAGCACUGUAGUUCCAUCACUGAGAUAGUAGUCCUAUUCAAACAAGCUUUUAUUCAGAAAAAAAAAAUCAGUUAGACAGUAGAAGUGACAGAUACCACUGUGUUUAAGAUAUAUUAUGUCAGAAGCUAUCUGUUUUCAAAGAAAAGGCUAAAAUAUAUUAAUUCUUUUUAAGGGAUAUAUAAUGUGUAAAAUAUUUCACGCAUUGGCUAUACAUGGUGAAUUGUAAUAAUAUUGUACAACCUUUUCCUUGAUAAUGAUCAGUUAAUCUGGUGAUUUUUAUUGAUAACAAGAGAUGUGCAAGAGAUAUUAUAACAGACCUGCUGCCAAAUGCCCGGAAAUAUAAAGCUGCUUUGUUAUUAUAUGCAUUUUUCUCUUUUUUUUUCUUUUUAAAUCUAAACAGGCUUUGGAAAAAUGUGGCAAUUAUUUUUGAACAAUAUUCCUUUGAUUAUAUAAGACAUUUAUUAAAAUUUAAAAAUUCUAAGGCAUUCAAUAAGCUAAUAUUUUCUAAUUGAGUACCUAAGGGGAAAAUUAAAGCAAUUCUAAAGUAUAUUUUAAGAAAAAUGAAAAGAAAGACGACAGUAGAGAACUCUUAUUUUUAUGUAACAAUGGACUUGACCCUGUGAAGCAUUGAGAAGGCUACUUCUGGUUGAACUAAGAAUAUAAGCAUGUGAUUAGGCACAAAUAUAAUUUCCUUUGAAGUUAACAGCUCUGUUUCCAUGCUGAAAAUUAAGUAUAUGCUUAAUCGUUUUUUAAAAUCAGUGUUGAGCCAUCAGCACAUUGAGAGGGUUUUCCCCACCAUCUACAAUGAGGAAGGAGAGUGUCUUGUUCAGUCCCACUGAAGUCAAAGAAAGGUGAUGCUGCAUAACAGAUACAAUGUUCUCUUACCUCCUGCUUUUAAUCUCUGGGGCCUUUAUGAUGCGCUUUUUUUUUUCCCCCAUGCAAGUACCUUAGGCCUCUGUGCUUUGCAUCUAUAGUUCUGCCUGUGUUUAAAUUGAAUGUACUAUAAUGGUUUUGUCUUCUUAGUAAAGUAUUUGUACUCUCUUCAAUUUUGUGUAAAUACAGUAUUUCAGAAAGAAA